AUGCUCACGUUUGCAGAAAAGCACAAUGCCACCUUGCAGUACCUCUAUCCAGUAAUACCAGGAGAAUUAAUACAUUUGACGGUUCUAUUACAGUUUGUCGUAAAUAAUUCGCUGGACGUGGCAAUCACAUUGAUUCCCUUCGCAUAUACGAGGAAUGACAUAUACCCAUUAUUAACAUACCCGCUGGAAGUAAGUGGUUGGUUUAUUGCAUUACCUUGUCCACAGCCACUAGACUACUCCGAAAUAUACACGUUAGUCGUUACUGCAGAAGUAGUUGGCCUUUUGAUGGUAUUCAAUUUUAUCUUCUCGGCACUGGAAUCUAUUAUUAAGCAGCAGUUUUAUAAAAGAAGCGAUCACAUAAAUUGGAUAGACAUUUUGGUCAACGAAAAUAUAUUUCGGGGCAUUUUCGGUCUCUCAUUUCUCACGAAGAGACAUCCGGUGCUCUCAAUGAAAAUGCUGUAUGUGUUUCUUUUCCUACUGGGCUUGUUCGUCAACAACAUGUACUCGGCGUACUUUCAAACCCUUUUCACCAGUCCACCCCUAGAGCAGGAAAUAUUAACAUUCGAUGAUAUGCGAGCCCGAAAAUUAACGAUAAUGUUUGACCGCAACGAAAUCUCUUCUGUGCAGGAAUCAUUUGGCUCUAAAUUCAAUAGAACAUUCAAAGACAUAUUACAGAUUGAGGACACUAAAAUAUUUCAACUUCAUCGGAGAACAUAUGACACCACUUAUGCCUAUACGAUGCCAGAGCCGCUUUGGUCCAUCUUCGAGGCACAACAAGAAACUUUUGAGCGAGAGCUGUAUUGCUUAGCUCCGACGUUAAAAUUAUUUGGUUCAUUGAUGCUGGGCAUACCCCUGGCCGAGAAUUCCUACCUCAAGGAUCCACUGAGUAUGAUGACCCUACGCGUCGUUGAAACGGGACUUUUGGAACACUGGCGUACAGUGACAUUCCUAGAUAUGGCAGCAAGUGGCCAAUUGCAGCAGGUGGGGCCAAAGACGAGGGAAAAAUUCCACAAUAUCAGCAUCCAAGAUAUGCAGUUACCAUUUUAUUUACUGUUAUGUGGCUUAAGUCUGAGCGGUACCGUUCUCAUUCUCGAACUUUGUAUAUUCAAAUUAAAGAAUAAACAACAAGCGAGGAAAUAA